ACGUCUAACGAUUGUGUUUGGUGUUGUUUUUCAAGGGGGUGUUUGCAGCAUUGAUGUAUUGGUGUGAAAAGUGAAACCCCGAUCUCACCAUUCCUCAUCGUCUUUCUCUGUCCGUCUGUCCGUAAAAACAACUUUAUCAUGUAGGAGUAGUACAAAUCAAAUCAAAUCACCCUUUUUUAGGGCCUUCAUCAGUGUAUAUACCCGAAUAGCAAUCAUCCCAAAUUCGAAGGAAGCUCCACCAACAACCAACACAACAAUGGCGUCGAGGUAUUGGGUGGCCUCUCUCCCCGUCCAAAACUCCGCCUCUUCCCUCUGGAGCCGCUUGCAAGAAUCCAUCUCCAAACACUCCUUCGACACCUCUCUCUACAGGUUCAAUAUCCCGAAUCUCCGCGUCGGAACCUUGGAUUCCCUUCUGGCCCUCAGCGACGACCUCUACAAGUCGAAUGCGUUUGUAGAAGGGGUGUCUCACAAGAUACGGCGCCAGAUCGAGGAGUUGGAGAGGGUUUCGGGCGUGGUCAGUAGUUCGUUGACGGUCGAUGGGAUCCCGGUCGAUUCGUACUUGACUAGGUUUGUUUGGGAUGAGGCGAAGUACCCGACUAUGUCGCCGCUCAAGGAGAUUGUAGAUGCAAUUCAUGUUCAAGUUUCCAGGAUUGAAGAUGAUCUCAAGGUUCGCGUUGCUGAGUAUAACAAUGUACGCAGUCAACUUAAUGCCAUAAACAGAAAGCAGGGUGGGAGCUUGGCUGUUCGUGAUCUGUCCAACUUAGUUAAGCCACAGGAUAUCGUCACAUCAGAGCAUUUGGAAACCCUCCUUGCCAUUGUUCCUAAAUAUUCAGAGAGGGAUUGGUUGUCUAGCUAUGAGACACUCACCACCUAUGUGGUCCCCAGAUCUUCCAAGAAGCUAUACGAGGACAAUGAGUAUGCUCUUCAUACUGUAACACUUUUCCGACGUGAUGCCGACAACUUCAGAAAUAAGGCGCGCGAAAGAGGUUUCCAAAUUCGUGAAUUUGAAUAUAGCCCCGAAACACAAGACAAUAGGAAGCAGGAGCUAGAAAAGUUGAUGCAAGAUCAGGAGACGCUCAGAAGCUCUCUUCUCCAAUGGUGCUAUGCCAGCUAUGGGGAGGUUUUCAGCUCAUGGAUGCACUUCUGUGCUGUACGUUUAUUUGCAGAAAGUAUUUUGAGAUAUGGAUUGCCACCAUCUUUCCUGUCAGUUGUAUUAUCACCUUCCGUGAAAAGUGAGAAGAAAGUACGAUCUAUCCUAGAGGAACUAUGUGACAGCAGAAACAGCACAUUCUGGAAAUAUGAAGAGGAAGGAGGGAUGGCUGGUCUCGGAGGUGAUGCGGAUGCACAUCCUUAUGUCUGUUUCACAAUAAAUCUUGUCUGAGGGAAGUAAUUCCAGCUUCAGUGCCCAAAAACUGAGUUGGAUCAUCUCAGCCUGCAAUAAUAAGAACGAAUGCUGAACCUGUAUAAUAGGAUACUAGUAACUGCCUGUGGGAUUUCAGUUUUCGAAGAGUACCAUUGUUUUUCUUUUUCACCGGUUUUUUAAUCAGUGUAAACAUUUUGAAUUGAAUUUGUAAGAGUUUGUUUGGAGGUUUGAACAAUCCUUGCUUUGCUAUUGUAUUUAUUAUUGGAUUGACUA